UUCCAUUUCCCGUGCUUUCAGGCAAGCAAGUUGCUUUUUUUGAAUUUGGCCAAUUGGUAGCCUACCAAUCCUUCAACGCCCACAAAGGCUGCUUGUAACAAACGGGGCCAUCAUAAAUGAGCGACGUAGCCUACUUUUUUGUAUUCUCACCUGUCAUCAUAUCAAACGGAGGUUAGCAUCCAUCUGAGAGAAAGGCUUUUACAGGAAGUCUGAGGUGAGUCCUUUCUGCCAUUUUACACGUUUUUAAGAAGUUUUCAAGAAGAUGUGCACCUUCAUUCUACAGCGGCUGCUGAUUUUGCGAACUUCUCUGCAACUUUCCGGUCCUGAGAAAGAUCAAGCUGUUGUCUACACUUCCACUGAGGACCAGGACACCAUAUAACUUAUGUUGUUGAAUAAUUGAAACCAUGGAUGAUCAACAUAAUCUACCGGAUAAGAUGGGGAAAGAAGUUCAACACUCUCCUGGGAAACAGCUACAAAUUAUGGAAGGUCUCAAAAGUAGACUGUAUCCAUACCAGGUUGAAGGUUUUGAGUUCUUUCACAAUGCACACAGAGAGGGUAGAAAGGGUGUUAUUUUAGCAGAUGAAAUGGGUCUUGGAAAAUCUAUUCAAGUCAUCUCAUUUUUGGCCAAUUUUGCUCAUCUGAACAAAAACAUCCCAAGCAUACUGUUAGUAGUGCCUGCAAAUUUAUUAGAUGAUUGGGUUAGCAAGAUACAGGACUGGGCCCCUUGGAUGAAAUGCCUGAAAUACCAUCAAUCAGAGCAGUGUCAAGCCACAAACCUGAGCAAAGUGAAAAGAAAUGGAGGGUUACUUAUCACCACAUACAGCACAGUUGUCAGGCAUGAAAAAGAACUGUCAUAUUUGCAUUCUAGUCCCUAUUGCUGGAAUUUUGUGGUAUUUGAUGAAGCACACAGGCUCAAAAAUGAAAAGACAAAGACCUACAAAGUGGCAUUGUCGGUCCAAGCCCAUUUUCGGAUUCUUCUUACUGGCACUCCAAUCCAGAACAAUCUCAAGGAACUCUGGAACCUGUUGACUAUUAUUUCUGAGACAUGCCUGGUGGGAACAUACCAAACAUUCAGGAAGAACUUUGAGAACCCAAUAACUCGAGGGCGGGAGGCUGAUGCAAGGGCAGAUGAAAGGGCCCUGACUCAGGAACUGAUGGAAUGUCUCCAAAAGACAAUGAAACCAGUCUGGCUCAGGCGCACUAAAGAAAAGUUGCCCAAGCUGCCAGACAAACGUGAGUUUGUGCUCUGGACCAAGCUUACCCCUGAGCAGGAAGCCAAUUACCGUGACCAAUUGUCAGUUAAUAAGGCACCUGAUGCCCCCUCAAAUCUUUUGCUUUUACACAAUUUGCGGAAGAUCUGUUGUUGCUCCAGACAGUUUGAUGGACAUGAUUUGAAUUCUGCUGAAUCCCAAACCACACAUUCUGGAAAACUUGCCAUAUUGAUCGCUAUGCUGAAGAAACUUUCUUCUAAAGGACAUAAGAUUCUGGUGUUUUUUCAGUAUAUCAAAACACUCAAAAUUGCCAUGCACAGUCUUAUGCAAACAGACUGGGGAAAAAGAACUGUUUUGUUCAUGGAUGGAACUGUUGCACUCCACCAACGUAUGAUGUUGCUUAAGUCCUUCCAGAAUGGAUCACAAAGCAUCCUUUUGCUCACAGUUCAAGUUGGGGCUGAGGGCUUAAACCUCACAACUGCUGAUCGUGUCAUUAUCAUGGAACCUUCCUGGAAUCAAUCAACAGAUGCCCAGGCAGUAGAUCGGGUACACAGAAUUGGACAAAGGAGAGAAGUGGAAGUCUAUCGUUUGAUCACUUGUGGGACAGUGGAAGAGAAAAUAUAUCGUAGGCAGUUAUUCAAAGGCUCACUGGCUCGACAGGCAGUUGGGGAUGACCAGAAUCCUUUGAGACACUUCACUCGUUCAGAGUUAAUGGAGCUUAACAGUCUUGGAGAGACUCAAUACUCUGCCACCCAGUUACAGCUGGAACAUCAUAAUUCUAAACGGCUUAGUGCUGAGGAAAUCCUCGGGAAGCAGUUAGGAGAACAGAUUUCUGGCAGCAUAUGCGGGAUUUCUGAUCAUGGCAAGCUUCUUAAGGCCAGUCAAGGUGAGGACUUAGAGGCAGAAAUGGAAAAGCUGCACAUUGCUGAUGAAGUUCAGAGAAGUAAAGACAAGAUUGAUGGUGAGGCCCACCUCAACUGUCAAAUAGCAUUUGUUGAUGCACAUAGACAUCAUAACUAUCCACGAAAAUCACUGGGUGUACAUCUAAAAGGGAAAAAGGUUUUCUCUAGAGAAUCUGCUUAUUCAAAACUGUACCAUGAGAAAUCUCCAGGGUUGCCUCGGAAAUAUAAAUGCUUUUCCUCUCCAUUCUCUGCUAGAGUACAGAAAAAAAGACGUAAAACAUGUCCACUUAAGUAUGAUUCAGAUCAAGGUUGUUAUCCUGAAGCCACCCAAGCAGAUAGAGGUGAAACGGGCAACUCUAAUUCACCCAGAGAUCCAGAAAAUGCAGAUGUUUUAACUCCAGAAACUACUUUCACAGAUGACAGGUCAGAAUCUAGUUUUGCAGACAACAAUAGUCAACAAACUUCUACAUGGCACUCUAGGGACAAAGAUAGUGAAGUACAUCCUGACAGCAUAAUUGAAGUGGACAGUUCAGAUUCAUUCACAGAUAGUCCUAUAAAGAACAGUGUGACAAAGAGUGCUGACAUUGUAGACAUCUCUUUAAAUAUAAGUAUUAUUCAUUUAUCAAGCCCCAAGGAUGUGUCUACAGGUGCCAGUUUGCAUUCAGCUGUUAAAUCAAAGGAUCAAAGAUCAGAUCUGACUGUUGUGCAAACUCCUAGAUCAGCACCAUUACCAGGAAACAACUCAUUCAACUCUGCAAUAACUUCUCUGCCCAGAACACUAUGUAUGGGGAAAUCACCACAGAUUCCAGAUGCAUACACUUCCAGUGAUCCCAUAGAGCCCCCCAAAGAAAAGGAUAAAACAGGCAACUCCAUUUUAUCCAGUGAUCCAGAUGAGUCAAAACAUAUGCCUCCAGAAAGUAUUUUCGGAGAUAAUAAUGUUCCAGGAAUCUAUUUUAAAUUGGAAUCCAAUGAUGAAGGCAGAAAAACUGAUCCCCACAGCACACAGGCACUUCAGUAUGACAUAGACCAAGGAUCACUUUUAAAGGACAACACUCUCCGUAUGAUGGCAAAUGAUGCUCAGAUUGGAGAACCACUGCAGAAAACCACAGAUGAAGGUAGUGAGAGGAGUGAAAUGAGCAUCUCUGUUUCUAGCCCUCCACUGGAGAGGUCUGGAACACCCAAUAACAACACAGAGUCUAGCUUAUCAGACAACAACAGUCCACACAAUCUUACACCAGACUCUGUUAUUGAAGGUAAUGAAGUUCAGCAUUCUGAUUCACUCACAGAUAAUACACGUGAUGACAUUGUUCUUGUGUCCCCGGAAGAGAAAAACACACUGAACCACACUGUCACAAAUAUUGAUGACAGUAGAGCUAUGACUUUAAAUACAUCUGGACAACAUUGCCCUAGCCCUGAGCUUCUGGCAGCAACAGAAGUUACUUUACAUUUUGAGGUAAAAUCACAGGAUCAAACACUAAAGCCUAGUGUGGCCCACAACUCUAAAUCAAAAGCUUGCUCAUCACCUGAAAGGUAUUAUGACCUUUUAAGAGAAGUCCAUACACCAAAACAACAACAAAGUCCCUACCAGGCCCCCAAGUCAUCAUCACCACAUCUGCAACCUAUCUCCUUGUGUGAUUACUCACUUACACCAGGAUCCAUAUCUGUGCCCAGUACACCAGGCAUGGAGGAAUUCCUACAGGUUGCAGGUGUAUGUGUUGGCAGCAAUGCUGUAGAUCCUCAAACAGAGAAGAGUAAAAAGGGUGGCUCUGCUUUAUUCAGAGAGUCACGCAAUUCAGAUGACGGAGGUCCAGAUGAUGUUUUCAGAAUUGGCAGCGCAUCUGGAAACUCUGUAACAGUCAACUACAAUGAAGAGUCUACUUCAUCAAACAGCUACCGUACACCCAGUCUUAUAUUGGACUCUGUUGAUGAAGGAAGUGAAGCUGACCUUGGUGACACCUAUGAGGUGACCAGAUUAGACUCUAACAAACAAGAUGAAAGUGAUGAGAGUGCUUCAGCAUCCCUUGAAGAGACCAGUUCUAAAAAGGACAGUUUGAUACUGAUCACUGACACUAAAACUCUCACUUUAAAUGUCAUUGCUCCUCCUUGUGCAAGCCUCAAGACGGUGUCUAUAACAGAUAACAGUUUGCCUUCAGAUGUUGAAACACAGGAUCCAGGACAAGAGCUGGGUGAUGCUAAGACUUCUAGACAAGAACCACCACCCAUAAUAAGCUAUGAAAUUUCUGCAGAGGUUCAAUCAAGAGAAGUGUUGAGCCCUACCCAGGUCCUUACACCACUUUCAUUAUUUCCAUCACCUGUUGUCUUUCCAUGUGAUCAGUCACUUACUGCUGGGUCCAUGUCUGUGCCCGGUACACCACACAUGGAGGAAACACCACAGGUUUCUGUUGUAGGCCCUGAUGGUGAUAGUGAAGCCCCCCAAACAGAGGAGUGUGAAGGAAAAAAUGGUACCUCAUCCAGAGAUCCACACAAAUCAGAUGACAUACUUUCAGAACAUGCUGCUGGACAUGACAGUGUAGUGGAAAACAGACAUGUCCACAAUACUGCAGCGAAUAAUUUAGCAGACAUAAGCAUUCCACAAAACCUGACACCGAACUCCAGUGACAAAAGCAGAAGUAAAGAUCUGGAGGCAGAAUUUGAAAAGUUUCACACUGGGGAGACUGAAUACGAAGCCCACCUCCAAUGUCAAGAAAUGUCUGCUGAUGAAAAUGAUAAGAGUCCUGAUCAUUGUAAAACUAUGUUACCACAAAAAUCACUGGGUUUCCACCUCCAAGGGAAGAAAAAUUACGCAAGUGGCAAUGGUCGCAAUAGUCCCAGUGUUAAUGUCUGUAGAAAAUCUGUCAUCAAACCAAUUUAUUCAAAACGGCACAGUGAGAAGACUCCAGGGUUGCCUCAAAAAUAUAUAUGCUUUUCCUCUCCAUUCUCUAAUUCAGCUAUGAGGAAGAGACAUAGUGCACGGACACUUCAGUAUGACUUAGACCAAGGAUCUGUCCCUCUUUCAAAAGCCAACACUCUCUGUAUGAUGGCAAAUGAUGCUCAGAUUGGAGAACCACUGCAGAAAACCACAGAUGAAGGUAGUGAGAGGAGUGAAAUGAGCAUCUCUGUCUCUAGCCCUCCACUGGAGAUCUCUGGAACACCCAAUAACAACACAGAGUCUAGCUUAUCAGACAACAACAGUCCACACAAUCUUACACCGGACUCUGUUAUUGAAGGCAAUGAAGUUCAUCAUUCUGACUCACUAACAGAUAAUAAAAGUGAUAACAUUGUGCUUGUGUCCCCGGAAGAGAAAAGCUUACUGAAACACACUGCCACACAUAUUGACAGUGGAACUUUUACUUCAAAUACAAGUGGACACAGUUCCCCAGGCCUUGAGCCUGUGACAGCAACAGAUGAUACUUUAUGUUUAGAGGUAAAAUCACAGGAUUCAACACUUAGUGUGGCUCAUACCACUAGAACAAAAGCUUGCUCAUCACUGGAAAGGAAUUGUGACCUUUUAAGAGAGAUCCAGUCAUCAAAACUAUUACAAAGUCCUUACCAGGCCUCCAAGCCAUCAUCUCCACAUUUGCAACCUAUCUCCUUAUGUGAUUACUCACUUACACCUGGAUCCAUCAUGUCCCAUGUGCCCAGUACACCAAGCAUGAAGGAAUUCCCACAACUUUUAGGUGUAUGCCUUGGCAGUAAUGCUGUAGACCCUCAAACAGAGAAGAGUGAAAAGAGUAACUGUACCUCAUUAACAGAUUCCAACAAUUCAGAUUGCAUGCUUCCAGAAGGUAUAUCCGAAAUUGGCAGAUUAUCUGAAAACUCUGGAACAGUCAACUACAAUGGAGAGUCCCGUUCAUCAGACAACAACUGCCCACUCAGUCUUAUACUGGACUCGCUUGAUAAAGGCAAGAAUAAGAUGGAGAGUUUGGUACCGAUCAGCAACACUGAAACUCUCACUUUAAAUGCACCUUUUCUUCCUUGCUCAAGCCCCAAGGCUGUAUCCGUAACAAAUGCCAGUUUAGAUAUAACAUCACUGUAUCCAACUUCAGAGCUGAAUGUUGUUUCAGCACCACCACAAUGGAUGCCACUGGAGACUGUUGUAGAGGAUGCAGUAGUAGACACGAGAGGUGAUUGCUGGUUGUCCUCUGAUCAGCUGGAUAUAUGUUCAUCUAAUAGAUCGGACUUGGUUUCCAGUGAUGAAACAGACCAAAAUCUCAUGGAAGAGACUGUUAAUGAUGUGAAAUCUGUCUCUUUAAAUGUCAACCGUGAUGGUUCCCCAGGGUCUGAUACCAAAGCUAUCCUGAUAACACACAGCACAUUUUUUGCAGAAAUUCAAUCACUAGGACAACUGGAUCCUACCCAGUCUACUAAGCCAUCUUCACCAACACUUCCCUUAUCCUGUGACUCGCUCACUUCUAAAUCAAUGUAUUUGCCCAGUGCACCACACCCAUGCAAAACACAACAGGCUUUAGGUGCAUCCCACAGUCCCAAAGAAAUCAUACAUGAACCAGAGAUUAAAAAUAGUUUGGCUAGUAGAAAAACAGAGACCCUAGUUGGGUUCCAUACACCCAGUCUUAUACUGGAAUUUGUUGAUGAAGGACGUGAAGCUGACUUUGGUGACACCUAUGAGAUGGCCAGGUUAGACUCUACCAGACAAGAUGAAAAUGAUGAGAGUGCUUCAGCAUCCCUUGAAGAGACCAGUCCUAAAAAGGACAGUUUGAUACUGAUCACUGACACUAAAACUCUCACUUUAAAUGUCAUUGCUCCUCCUUGUGCAAGCCCCAAGACUGUGUCUAUAACAGAUAACAGUUUGCCUUCAGAUGUUGAAACACAGGAUCCAGGACAAGAGCUGGGUGAUGCCAAGACUUCUAGACAAGAACCACCACCCAUAAAAAGCUAUGACAUUUCUGCAGAGGUUCAAUCAAGAGAAGUGUUGAGCCCUACCCAGGUCCUUACACCACUUUCAUUAUUUCCAUCACCUGUUGUCUUUCCAUGUGAUCAGUCACUUACUGCUGAGCCCAUGUCUGUGCCCGGUACACCACACAUGGAGGAAACACCACAGGUUUCUGUUGUAGGCCCUGAUGGUGAUGGUGUAGCCCCCCAAACAGAGGAGUGUGAAGGAAAAAAUGGUACCUCAUCCAGAGAUCCACACAAAUCAAAUGACAUACUUUCAGAACAUGCUGCUGGACAUGACAGUGUAGUGGAAAACAGACAUGUCCACAAUACUGCAGCGAAUAAUUUAGCAGACAUAAGCAUUCCACAAAACCUGACACCGAACUCCAGUGACAAAAGCAGAAGUAAAGAUCUGGAGACAGAAUUUGAAAAGUUUCACACUGGGGAGACUGAAUACGAAGCCCACCUCCAGUGUCAAGAAGUGUCUGCUGAUGAAGAUUAUAAGAGUCCUGAUCAUUGUAAAACUAAGUUACCACAAAAAUCACUGGGUUCCCACCUCCAAGGAAAGAAAAAUGAUGCAGGUGGCAAUGGUCGCAAUAGUCCCAGUGUUAAUGUCUGUAGAAAAUCUGUCAUCAAACCAAUUUAUUCAAAAUGGCACAGUGAGAAGACUCCAGGGUUGCCUCAAAAAUAUAUAUGCUUUUCCUCUCCAUUCUCUAAUUCAGCUAUGAGGAAGAGACAUAGUGCACGGACACUUCAGUAUGACUUAGACCAAGGAUCUGUCCCUCUUUCAAAAGCCAACACUCUCUGUAUGAUGGCAAAUGAUGCUCAGAUUGGAGAACCACUGCAGAAAACCACAGAUGAAGGUAGUGAGAGGAGUGAAAUGAGCAUCUCUGUCUCUAGCCCUCCACUGGAGAUCUCUGGAACACCCAAUAACAACACAGAGUCUAGCUUAUCAGACAACAACAGUCCACACAAUCUUACACCGGACUCUGUUAUUGAAGGCAAUGAAGUUCAUCAUUCUGACUCACUAACAGAUAAUAAAAGUGAUAACAUUGUGCUUGUGUCCCCGGAAGAGAAAAGCUUACUGAAACACACUGCCACACAUAUUGACAGUGGAACUUUUACUUCAAAUACAAGUGGACACAGUUCCCCAGGCCUUGAGCCUGUGACAGCAACAGAUGAUACUUUAUGUUUAGAGGUAAAAUCACAGGAUUCAACACUUAGUGUGGCUCAUACCACUAGAACAAAAGCUUGCUCAUCACUGGAAAGGAAUUGUGACCUUUUAAGAGAGAUCCAGUCAUCAAAACUAUUACAAAGUCCUUACCAGGCCUCCAAGCCAUCAUCUCCACAUUUGCAACCUAUCUCCUUAUGUGAUUACUCACUUACACCUGGAUCCAUCAUGUCCCAUGUGCCCAGUACACCAAGCAUGAAGGAAUUCCCACAACUUUUAGGUGUAUGCCUUGGCAGUAAUGCUGUAGACCCUCAAACAGAGAAGAGUGAAAAGAGUAACUGUACCUCAUUAACAGAUUCCAACAAUUCAGAUUGCAUGCUUCCAGAAGGUAUAUCCGAAAUUGGCAGAUUAUCUGAAAACUCUGGAACAGUCAACUACAAUGGAGAGUCCCGUUCAUCAGACAACAACUGCCCACUCAGUCUUAUACUGGACUCGCUUGAUAAAGGCAAGAAUAAGAUGGAGAGUUUGGUACCGAUCAGCAACACUGAAACUCUCACUUUAAAUGCACCUUUUCUUCCUUGCUCAAGCCCCAAGGCUGUAUCCGUAACAAAUGCCAGUUUAGAUAUAACAUCACUGUAUCCAACUUCAGAGCUGAAUGUUGUUUCAGCACCACCACAAUGGAUGCCACUGGAGACUGUUGUAGAGGAUGCAGUAGUAGACACGAGAGGUGAUUGCUGGUUGUCCUCUGAUCAGCUGGAUAUAUGUUCAUCUAAUAGAUCGGACUUGGUUUCCAGUGAUGAAACAGACCAAAAUCUCAUGGAAGAGACUGUUAAUGAUGUGAAAUCUGUCUCUUUAAAUGUCAACCGUGAUGGUUCCCCAGGGUCUGAUACCAAAGCUAUCCUGAUAACACACAGCACAUUUUUUGCAGAAAUUCAAUCACUAGGACAACUGGAUCCUACCCAGUCUACUAAGCCAUCUUCACCCACACUUCCCUUAUCCUGUGACUCGCUCACUUCUAAAUCAAUGUAUUUGCCCAGUGCACCACACCCAUGCAAAACACAACAGGCUUUAGGUGCAUCCCACAGUCCCAAAGAAAUCAUACAUGAACCAGAGAUUAAAAAUAGUUUGGCUAGUAGAAAAACAGAGACCCUAGUUGGGUUCCAUACACCCAGUCUUAUACUGGAAUUUGUUGAUGAAGGACGUGAAGCUGACUUUGGUGACACCUAUGAGAUGGCCAGGUUAGACUCUACCAGACAAGAUGAAAAUGAUGAGAGUGCUUCAGCAUCCCUUGAAGAGACCAGUCCUAAAAAGGACAGUUUGAUACUGAUCACUGACACUAAAACUCUCACUUUAAAUGUCAUUGCUCCUCCUUGUGCAAGCCCCAAGACUGUGUCUAUAACAGAUAACAGUUUGCCUUCAGAUGUUGAAACACAGGAUCCAGGACAAGAGCUGGGUGAUGCCAAGACUUCUAGACAAGAACCACCACCCAUAAAAAGCUAUGACAUUUCUGCAGAGGUUCAAUCAAGAGAAGUGUUGAGCCCUACCCAGGUCCUUACACCACUUUCAUUAUUUCCAUCACCUGUUGUCUUUCCAUGUGAUCAGUCACUUACUGCUGAGCCCAUGUCUGUGCCUGGUACACCACACAUGGAGGAAACACCACAGGUUUCUGUUGUAGGCCCUGAUGGUGAUGGUGUAGCCCCCCAAACAGAGGAGUGUGAAGGAAAAAAUGGUACCUCAUCCAGAGAUCCACACAAAUCAAAUGACAUACUUUCAGAACAUGCUGCUGGACAUGACAGUGUAGUGGAAAACAGACAUGUCCACAAUACUGCAGCGAAUAAUUUAGCAGACAUAAGCAUUCCACAAAACCUGACACCGAACUCCAGUGACAAAAGCAGAAGUAAAGAUCUGGAGACAGAAUUUGAAAAGUUUCACACUGGGGAGACUGAAUACGAAGCCCACCUCCAGUGUCAAGAAGUGUCUGCUGAUGAAGAUUAUAAGAGUCCUGAUCAUUGUAAAACUAAGUUACCACAAAAAUCACUGGGUUCCCACCUCCAAGGAAAGAAAAAUGAUGCAGGUGGCAAUGGUCGCAAUAGUCCCAGUGUUAAUGUCUGUAGAAAAUCUGUCAUCAAACCAAUUUAUUCAAAACGGCACAGUGAGAAGACUCCAGGGUUGCCUCAAAAAUAUAUAUGCUUUUCCUCUCCAUUCUCUAAUUCAGCUAUGAGGAAGAGACAUAGUGCACGGACACUUCAGUAUGACUUAGACCAAGGAUCUGUCCCUCUUUCAAAAGCCAACACUCUCUGUAUGAUGGCAAAUGAUGCUCAGAUUGGAGAACCACUGCAGAAAACCACAGAUGAAGGUAGUGAGAGGAGUGAAAUGAGCAUCUCUGUCUCUAGCCCUCCACUGGAGAUCUCUGGAACACCCAAUAACAACACAGAGUCUAGCUUAUCAGACAACAACAGUCCACACAAUCUUACACCGGACUCUGUUAUUGAAGGCAAUGAAGUUCAUCAUUCUGACUCACUAACAGAUAAUAAAAGUGAUAACAUUGUGCUUGUGUCCCCGGAAGAGAAAAGCUUACUGAAACACACUGCCACACAUAUUGACAGUGGAACUUUUACUUCAAAUACAAGUGGACACAGUUCCCCAGGCCUUGAGCCUGUGACAGCAACAGAUGAUACUUUAUGUUUAGAGGUAAAAUCACAGGAUUCAACACUUAGUGUGGCUCAUACCACUAGAACAAAAGCUUGCUCAUCACUGGAAAGGAAUUGUGACCUUUUAAGAGAGAUCCAGUCAUCAAAACUAUUACAAAGUCCUUACCAGGCCUCCAAGCCAUCAUCUCCACAUUUGCAACCUAUCUCCUUAUGUGAUUACUCACUUACACCUGGAUCCAUCAUGUCCCAUGUGCCCAGUACACCAAGCAUGAAGGAAUUCCCACAACUUUUAGGUGUAUGCAUUGGCAGUAAUGCUGUAGAACCUCAAACAGAGAAGACCGAAAAGAGUAAUUGUACCUCAUUAACAGAUUCAAACAAUUCAGAUUGCAUGCUUCCAGAAGGUAUAUCCGAAACUGGCAGAUUAUCUGAAAACUCUGGAACAGUCAACUACAAUGAAGAGUCCCGUUCAUCAGACAACAACUGCCCACUCAGUCUUAUACUGGACUCGCUUGAUAAAGGCAAGAAUAAGAUGAACAGUUUGGUACAGAUCAGCAACACUGAAACUCUCACUUUAAAUGCACCUUCUCUUCCUUGCUCAAGCUACAAGGCUGUAUCUGUAACAAAUGCCAGUUUAGAUAUAACAUCAUUAUAUCCAACUUCAGAGCUGAAUGUUGUUUCAGCACCACCACAAUGGAUGCCACUGGAGGCUGUUGUACAGCAAACUUCCACAGCAAAAUCAUGCUCUGGAAUGAAAAUGACACUUGAAGAGAAUUGUAAAGCUGUGGAUGUAAAAACAUUCUUAGACUUCUCUAAAGAAAUGUUGGAUGCAAUUGAGGAUCUGAAUGAGGCCAAAAUGGAACUUGCAGAUAAGAGUGAAUUAGAUAAUGCUAACAGUCCUCACAAACCUAAGGCUGAAUCCACUGGCAAUACCAAGGUUGCUCUUGAUGAGCCUGCACCACACAGUUUUACAGAUAAAGUUAUAAUAACAGUGACUCACAAUACCAGAGCAGAUUUAUCUUUGGUAAAAUUAGAGGAUUCAGUAGUAGACACAAGAGGCGAUUGCUGGUUGUCCUCUGAUCACCUGGAUAUUUGUUCAUCAAAUAGAUCUGACUUGGUUUCCAGUGAUGAAACAGACCAAAAUCUCAUGGAGGAGACUGUUGAUGAUGUAAAAUCUGUCUCUUUAAAUGUCAACCAUGAUGGUUCCCCAGGGUCUGAUACCAAAGCUAUCCCCAUAACACACAGCAACUAUUUUGCAGAAAUUCAAUCACUAGGACAACUGGAUCCUACCCAGACUACUAAACCAUUUUCACCAACACUUUCCUUAUGCUGUGACUCACUCACUUCUAAAUCAAUGUAUUUGCCCAAUGCACCACACCCAUGCAAAACACAACAGGUUUUAGGUGCAUCCUACAGUCCCAAAGAAAUCAUACAUGAAUCAGAGAUUAAAAAUAGUUUGGCUAGUAGAAAAACAGAGACCCUAGUAAUUAGUAUUGAUGAACAUACCAAGAGACUGGCCAAAAGGAAAAAGAGGAACAAAAGUCUGUCAUUUCAAAGGAGACUAACGUAUUUCCCCUCAGUGUUCUAUCGAAAACACAUAAAGAAAAUAGUUGUAUCAAAACAUAAUGAUCAAAGUCCUCAACGGUUACAGUCAUUCUGCAAGACAGAGAGAACAACUGACCCAGAAUGCAUUGUUUCUCAUUCAGAGGAGUCUGUGUCUAGGCAGUGGAAGGUUGCAGGAGUUUCUGCUUCUUUAAUGUCUACUAAUUGUUCAUCUGCAUUAGCUUCAGAUAUAGACAUUUCUGAGUCAGAUCAUUUCAGAUCAGGCAAUAAUGCUGAAGGUGUUGUGAGUGCACAUGUGAUGCAUCAUGACAUUACUGAGCCUGAGCUAACACCAAAGAGAGAAUGCUUCCGUUUGCUCCGACAGUUGAAAGAUCUGUAAGAUGUUUUACUCUGGUGUAAAAUAAAACACUUUUUCAAAAAGUUGAAAGCAGAUUUCCCAAAGUCAGAUUUCACUAGUGGGGUCUCCCUUGAAACCCCACUAGUGAAAUAUGACUUUGGGAAAUCUGCUUUUAACUUUUUUGCUCCUUAUAAGUGGAACAAACUGCAAGAAAGUCUGAAACCAAGCCUAUUUGAAUCAGUUGAUCAUUUUAGGUGUUUUCUUAAUGACAUGGGUACAGUGCUCCUGUUUGAGGGACAAGAAAAGAAACCUCGUUUUUAUUUGUUUUAUGUUUUUAUUUAAUUAUUUUAUUUUUUCUAUUCUGUUUGUUCUUACAUUUGUAUUGUAUUCUUCUUGGAUUCAAUUUUGUAUUUUUGUACUCUGUCUUCUUUGGACUGUUUGUCAUCAGGGAUUUGCUGUAAAAGAGCUCUCUAUGCUCAGUCAAAUUUCCCUGAAUAAAUAAAUUACAUAAAUAAUACAUUACAUAAAAUGAACAAUCUUAA